AUGACAAUGAUACGUUUUUGUGGCGCGCGUCAAUCGGCGAUAAUCAGCAACGCGUCUGACGCUGCUGCAGGAACCAACAAAAAAAGGAUACUAAACCCUCUUGAGUCCUUGUGUCUUAACGACCGCAUAGACGAACACCGUUGCAAAGAAGUCCAGUUAUCUUCAUUACGAAGUCUAUUGUAUGCUAUGAUUUUAAAUAGAACCAUAGGCAGCGAGACCGGCGUUUUUUCUUUUCUGCUCUUUUCUUUUCGUUACUUCGGAGAGGAAAGAGACUUAUUUUACUGCUUCUUCUCCGUCUUUUUACUUAACAUUACAUAUUUAUUGGAUUAG